GGCAUUCGGAUCUAUAGGGAUAGAACCAAGAGAUUGAUAGGGCUCUCCCAAACCAAGUACAUAGAAAGAGUGUUGAAGAGGUUCAACAUGGAGGAUUCCAAGAGAGGCCUGCUGCCCUUCAGACAUGGAAUCCACCUCUCUCGAGAUAUGUGUCCCAAAACACAAGAAGAGAGAGAUCGCAUGUCUAGGAUUCCUUAUGCUUCGGCAAUAGGAAGCCUAAUGUAUGCAAUGUUAUGUACUAGGCCUGAUAUCGCUCAUGCUGUAAGUGUUACAAGCAGAUAUCAAUCUAAUCCAGGUGAGCAACACUGGAUUGCUGUUAAGAACAUCCUUAAGUACUUGAGAAGAACUAAGGAUUUGAUUCUUACAUAUGGAACGGGAGAACUUAAAGUGGAAGGUUAUACAGAUUCUGAUUUCCAAUCAGAUAUUGAUGAUAGAAAGUCUAUCUCAGGCUAUGUGUUUACUUGCAAUGGUGGAGUAUUUAGUUGGAAAAGUUCCAAACAAGAUACUACCGCCGAUUCUACUACAGAAGCCGAGUAUAUCGCGGCAUCCGAUGCAGCGAAGGAAGCUGUCUGGAUCAAGAAGUUUGUGACAGAACUUGGAGUGCUUGACAUUGAAGACCUGAACAAGAGGAAGCUUCACAUUAAAGACUUGAACGGGGAUAUAUUCUGGUUUCUCAACUAUGACUUUAGAAACUACGAAAAGAUGGGCCAAUGUAUGCACGUGCUUGACCUCUACCGCAAGAGCCUACUCUACAGAGACAACGAACACGGAAAUGCAGCCCCCAAUCCACAGAACAAGGAGCCCCCCAAUCUACAAAUGAAGGAGAAGGCGACUACCUAA